AAGACCCAUUGAAACAGAGCAACAGAGAGAGAAGCACAUGGGCAGUCUUUACAGAUACUACAAACCCCUGACCUCAAUCUGCUCCUCUCCACCGCCUACAAAAUCUUACCUCCUCCAUUCAAUCAAAAUCAAAACCCAUUUUUCUCCCACCAAGAAGACAAGACUACACCGUUUCUUCACCUCUCUAACAUCAUCGUCACAGCCCUCAAUCAAAACCAACGGUGGAGAUGCCUCUGCUGCAAGUCAAUCAUCAGAAUUGUGGCUAUACAACACAAUGAGUAGAAAAAAAGAGCUAUUUAAGCCAAAAGUCGAGGGUAAAGUUGGAAUGUAUGUUUGUGGUGUCACUGCUUAUGAUUUAAGCCAUAUUGGUCAUGCUCGUGUAUAUGUUACCUUUGAUGUUUUAUUAAGGUAUCUAAAACAUUUGGGGUAUGAUGUUCAUUAUGUUCGGAAUUUCACCGAUGUUGAUGAUAAGAUAAUUGCUCGAGCGAAUGAAUUAGGAGAGGAUCCGAUCAGUUUGAGUAAACGGUACUGUGAAGAAUUCCUUCAUGAUAUGGUGUAUCUUCAUUGCCUUCCGCCUUCUGUCGAGCCACGUGUGUCAGAUCACAUGCCCCAAAUAAUUGAUAUGAUUGAGCGGAUUCUUGAGAAUGGAUAUGCCUACAGAAUUGAUGGGGAUGUCUACUUUUCCGUCGACAAAUUACCUGAAUACGGGCGAUUGUCUGGACGAAAAUUAGAAGAUAACCGAGCUGGUGAACGAGUUGCUGUGGACUCGAGAAAGAAAAACCCUGCUGAUUUUGCAUUGUGGAAGUCUGCGAAGGAGGGCGAGCCCUUUUGGGACAGUCCAUGGGGUCCUGGAAGACCUGGGUGGCAUAUCGAGUGCAGUGCCAUGAGUGCUGCUUAUCUUGGUCACACUUUUGACAUACAUGGUGGUGGAAUGGACCUUGUGUUUCCCCAUCAUGAAAACGAAAUUGCUCAGAGCUGUGCUGCAUGCAGAGAUAGCAAUAUAAGCUACUGGGUACACAAUGGUUUUGUCACUAUUGACUCAGAGAAAAUGUCCAAAUCCUUAGGAAACUUCUUCACAAUUAGGCAGGUUAUAGAUCUUUACCAUCCAUUAGCUUUGAGACUUUUCCUGUUGGGGACCCACUAUAGAUCCCCAGUCAACUACUCUGAUGUGCAGCUUGAAAGCGCUUCAGAACGUAUAUUUUACAUCUAUCAGACGCUACAUGAUUGUGAAAAUAUUCUCAGCCAGCAUCGUGUGGCAUUUGAUACGGAUGCUAUCCCGCCUGACACUAUAAAUGACAUCAAUAAGUUUCAUGAUACAUUUGUCACCUCGAUGUCAGAUGAUCUUCACACUCCUGUUCUUUUGUCUGCACUGUCUGAUCCAUUAAAAAUCAUUAAUGAUAUGCUACACACUCGAAAGGGAAAGAAACAAACAAAGCGAAUAGAGUCAAUUGCUGCUCUGGAAAAGAUGGUCAGAAAUGCUCUUAUGGUCUUAGGGUUGAUGCCCCCAACUUACAAUGAGGCUCUCCAGCAAUUGAGGGAGAAGGCACUGAGGCGUGCAAAGCUGACAGAAGAUCAAAUAUUGCAAAAAAUCGAGGAAAGGACUGUAGCAAGAAAGGACAAAGACUAUGAAAAAUCAGAUGCUAUUAGGAAGGAUUUAGCUGCUUUGGGCAUUGCUCUUAUGGAUAGUCCAGAUGGCACAAGUUGGAGACCAGCCAUUCCGCUUGCUUUGCAAGAGCAGCAAGUUGCUUCAACUUGAAUGGCUCGUGGAAUUUCACCCUCUUGUCUUUUCUGCCGUGAUAGUUUCCAAGAAUUAGUUUUUUUCUUGUUUUCCCUGUCUACCAACAUCAGGAAAUUUGUUUUGGGAUAUUGGAAGGAGGGAUAAAGCCUUAUGACAUGGCUAUUCUAUGCUAUAAUGUGGGCAUGGACAAAAGAUUGCCUAGAAAUUUCAGUCCAUGAAGCAAAAAUUUUGGCAACCAUACGUGUAAUAUACAUUCUUUAAAACAGUUAUAGUCUUGUAGAAUCGUUGAAGUCUGUAUCUGUCAAUAAUGGCCCUGGUACAUUUGCUUGCUCAUGUAUUAACAAGAAUAUGCGUAUUUUAUUUUUUCAAA